AUGCAUCGCUCGGCUCUCUCCCUCACGACUGUAGGCACUGUGAAGGAGAGUCUACCUCAUCCUGACCCGUUCACUGUAACCUCAAAUUCACGUGGAAUGAAGGCACUGGCUUUUGAGACAGUGGCAGUGAAGGAGAGGCCACUUGCCUCCUCAUCCCCCUACAUACCCCAACACGGCCUUCAGCUGUGCCAAGAGUACUUAGACUUGCAGCAGCAGCAGGGGCGUGUGGCUGCCGCCCUCACCCACACAGCUGUGACCUACCACGCCCCACCCAAUGUAGCCCCGGUUCACGCCCCCACCAAGACCGCCGCCUCCCAGCACGGCUUGCACACCUGUCCGCCCCGCCUGCUGGAGACCGUGCCCACUCCCCCAUCUGGUCCCGCCGCGCAGGUGACCCCUCAAGAUUGGAAGGUGGCCGCCGCACCCCCCGCAGAGGGCGAGGCAGCGGCGCCCCUCGUGAAGGAAGCCGAGGCGCUGGUGGAGGCUGAGGCUGCACAAGCUGAGGCGGCGGCAGCAGCAGCGGCGGCAGCAUCAACACCAGCAGAAACGGAAGCUAGGCCGAAGCUGCACCAGCUGCUGCAGCUGCACCUGCGGCAGAAGCCGAAGCUGCACCAGCUGCAGAAGCCGAAGCUGCACCAGCUGCAGAGACCAAAGCAGCACCAGCUGCAGAAGCCGAAGCUGCACCAGCUGCAGAGGCCGAAGCUGCACCAGCUGCUGCAGCUGCACCUGCGGCAGAAACCGAAGCUGCACCAGCUGCAGAGGCCGAAGCUGCACCAGCUGCUGCAGCUGUACCUGCGGCAGAAACCGAAGCUGCACCAGCUGCAGAAGCCGAAGCUGCACCAGCUGCAGAGGCCGAAGCUGCACCAGCUGCAGAAGCCGAAGCUGCACCAGCUGCAGAGGCCAAAGCUGCACCAGCUGCUGCAGCUGUACCUGCGGCAGAAGCCGAAGCUGCACCAGCUGCAGAAGCUGAAGCUGCACCAGCUGCAGAAGCCGAAGCUGCACCAGCUGCUGCAGCUGCACCUGCAGCAGAAACCGAACCUGCACCAGCUGCAGAGACCGAAGCUGCACCAGCUGCAGAGGCCGAAGCUGCACCAGCUGCAGAAGCAGAAGCUGCACCAGCUGCAGAAGCUGAAGCUGCACCAGCUGCAGAAGCCGAAGCUGCACCAGCUGCUACAGCUGCACCUGCAGCAGAAACAGAAGCUGCACCAGCUGCAGAGACCGAAGCUGCACCAGCUGCAGAAGCUGAAGCUGCACCAGCUGCUGCAGCUGUACCUGCGGCAGAAGCCGAAGUUGCACCAGCUGCAGAAGCUGAAGCUGUACCAGCUGCAGAGGCCGAAGUUGCACCAGCUGCAGAAGCCGAAGCUGCACCAGCUGCAGAGGCCGAAGUUGCACCAGCUGCUGCAGCUGUACCUGCGGCAGAAGCCGAAGCUGCACCAGCUGCAGAAGCUGAAGCUGCACCAGCUGCAGAGGCCGAAGUUGCACCAGCUGCAGAAGCUGAAGCUGCACCAGCUGCAGAGGCCGAAGUUGCACCAGCUGCAGAAGCCGAAGCUGCACCAGCUGCUGCAGCUGCACCUGCUGCAGAGACCGAAGCUGCACCAGCUGCAGAAGCCGAAGCUGCACCAGCUGCAGAAGCCGAAGCUGCACCAGCUGCUGCAGCUGCACCUGCGGCAGAAGCCGAAGCUGCACCUGCGGCAGAAGCCGAAGCUGCACCAGCAGAAGCUGCUCCAGCUGUGGAGGCCGAAGCUACACCAGCUGCAGAAGUCGAAGCUGCACCAGCAGAAGCUGCACCAGCUGCUGCAGCUGCACCUGCAGCAGAAGCCGAAGUUACACCAGCUACAGAAGCCGAAGCUGCACCAGCUGCAGAAGCCGAAGCUGCGGAAGCAGAAGCUGCACCAGCUGCAGAAGCCGAAGCUGCACCAGCUGCAGAAGCAGAAGCUACACCAGCUGCAGAAGCAGAAGCUGCACCAGCUGCGGAAGCAGAAGCUGCACCAGCUGCAGAAGCCGAAGCUGCACCAGCUGCAGAAGCCGAAGCUGCACCAGCUGCAGAAGCCGAAGCUGCACCAGCUGCAGAAGCAGAAGCUGCACCAGCUGCGGAAGCAGAAGCUGCACCAGCUACGGAAGCUGCAGCUGCACCUGCAGCUGCAGAAACUGUGA